AUGGAAGGCAGCGGUCCAUUGGACGCGAAGGAGCUGACCACUCUCCUGGCAGACCUGCGGCGCAGGAGCGAAUGGCCGAAGGCGCUGCUUCUGUUCCAAUCUUGCCUGCAGAAGUCCAUCCAAGUGGAUGGAGUCUUGUAUGGCGCAGCUGUCAGCGCUUGUGAGAGGGGUGGCUGCUGGCAACAUGCACUUAGCCUCUUGCGCAAGGCCCAUGACAAGUUGCUGGCGCCUGGAAUCAGGACCUACAACUCCGCCCUGGCGGCGUGCGGCAAAGGCCACGCCUGGACGGUGGCGCUGGAGUUACUGGAGGAGGCCUUUGGGUUGCAGCCCAACGCCGUGACUUUCAACUCGGCCAUCUCUGCCUGCGAGCGCGCGAGUCACUGGUGGCUGGGCUUGGACCUCCUGGCCCAGCUCCUGCGAAGCUCCGUGGAGGCCUCAGAGGUGUCCUUCAACGCGGGGCUCAGCGCCUGCGUGAAGGGCGAGCGCUGGGAAGAGGCGCUGGCCUUGCUGGCCGACGCCGCGGCGCGCAGUUUGGAGACCGGGGCGCUGGGCCGCAACACCGCCACGAAUGCCUGCCUCCGCGCCGGGCGAUGGCAGGAGGGCCUGUGGCUGGCCUUGAGCGGAGGUCAAUUGGACGAAGGCAGCUGGUCCCUGGCCAUUGUGGCGUGCAAAGACGGGUCCCAGUGGCAGAUGGCCCUUGAGCUGUUGCAGCAGAUGGAGCAGCAAGGCUGGCGCUCUCUGAUUGCUUUUGGGGCGGCCAUCAGCAGCUGCCCGUGGCAGCAGGGCAUGGAGCUGCUCGCGCGGAUGAAGGCGCAGGGGCCGGUUCCCAACCACGUGGCCUUCGCGGCUGUGGUUGGCGCCUGCAGUAGCUCUUCUCAGUGGACCGCUGCGCUGUCGCUCUUCCGGGAGGCGAAGAUGCUGAGGCUCUCGGUGGGCGCUGCAGCCGCCAUUUGCGCCUGCGAGAGGGCUGGGCAGUGGCAGGAGGCGCUUUGCAUUCUUGAUGAGGAUGGUUUCCACGACCUGUCGGCUGUGAACAGUGCCAUCACUGCCUGCGAGAAGGGGCAGCAGUGGCUUUUGGCUCUGUGGCUGUUCAAUCAGGUAACACCUGACACCUUCACCUUCGCUGCCACGGUGGGCGCUUUGGGAAGUGGCCGCUGGGAACAGGUCAGCCUCCUGCUGCGCAGGCUUUCUACCAGUGGCUUGGAGGCCAAUGUGGUUCUGCUGGGGGCAGUGUUGAGCUCCUUCAGCCGAGGAGGGCAGUGGGAGCGGUCUUUGGGUGAGCUGACGAGGCUCAGCUGCGAGGGGCUGCAGGCAAAUGUGCCGGCCUUCAAUGCCCUGCUCUCCAGCGAGCGGGGUGCUCGGGCGCCCUGGGACCAGGCCCUGGAGUUGAUUCGGGCCAUGCGCAAGAUCGGGCAGCCGGACGAGAUCUCCUACAACGCCGCGGCGAGCGUCUGCAGCCUGGAGAGGCGCUGGGAAGCCGCGCUGGCCCUGCUGGCCGACGCCCAGGAGAUGAGGUUCCAGGGCCUCAUCAGUUGCAACAUCGCGCUGAACGCGUGCGAGAAGGUGGGCCUUUGGCGGCAGGCCUUGGUCAUUCUGGAAACCUCGCAGCACGCCCGGCUGGCGGACUCCGUGUCCUUCGCCACCGCGAUGAGCGCCUGCGCCCAAAGCGCGCAGUGGCAGGCUACGCUGAUGCUGCUGGAGGUGCUGCAAAAGGAGUCUGGAACGCCACCCCUCGUGGCCUUCAACGCGGCCCUGAGUGCCUGCGGCUCCUGGGCCCAUGGCCUGGCCAUCUUCGAGCGUGUGCUGCAGCUGUCCGCCCUGCCGGAGGCUUUUGCGGUGACGGGGCCAACGUGCGCCGAUUGGGGUGACUUCCGGCAUCGGGUCACGGUGAAGUCCUGCCAUUACGCUCUGGACCGUGGCGUUUGCCUUCCAGCAACUGGUUCAAAGCUGCAGUUCCGCCGGGCGAGCGGCAGAGGCCAGGUCUUUGCUCCAGCGGUUUCGCUCUGCGGCGCUCAGCAAAUGGCCCAAAGAGUCGUGCGCAGGUAUGGAGCCGCCGCCUGCGGGAUGGGAAGCAGGCGUAACUCCUGCUGA